AUGCCCGUUGAACAGGAUAUUCUUGGAAAAUGGACGUUUGUGUCCUCGGAAAAUUUCGAGGCUUACAUGAAGGAGGCUGGUGUCGGUCUGAUGACCCGUAAAGUGGCUGCGAAUCUGAAGCCAACGUUGGAAUUCGUGAAGGAAGGCGACCACAUCCAGAUGACGUCCGUCUCUACGUUCAAGACAUACGUCACUAAGUUCAAGAUUGGCGAGACCUUCGAUGAGAAGACCGGCGACGGACGAGAUGUGAGCCAAACCUACACUGUCGAGAAUGACCACCUCGUUCUCAUUGAGAAGAGCAAAAGCGGAGGCCCUGAUUCUCGCAUCGAACGUUAUGUGGAGGGUGACAAGCUCUACAUUAUCUGUGAAUGCAAUGGUGUGAAGAGCACGAGAAUUUAUGAACGAGUUAAGGAAUAG